UUCCAGGCAAGCCGUUCUACUGCAGCCAUUCAAGCAAACCGUGACUUGGCCGAGGCACUCAAGGAAGGGGCAUCCUUUGUUUUUAAGGAUUGGGAAAUGAAAUAUGGCAUAUACAAAUCCGACUUAAUGCAGUCUGGGAUAAAUGAUAUGUGGUUUGCAAACCGCAUAGACAAAGGUAUAGUCUAUGCUAGUUACUUCGACCCUUUACCUGUGAAGUUGAUUGCGCUGGUGCUCACAGUGAUAGAAUGUUGUAUCGAUGAGUGGGCCACAGGAGUGAGGGAAGACAUUAAAUUCGCGGCGGUCUCUUAUUCGCCGGUAUACCUGGUGCACCUCGAGUCCUUACGGCGGUUUGAGGAGCGGACGGCUGCUUACAAACUACUGGGUAAAAUUUGUGACAAUCUCCUCGACGUCGCUCGGUUCCAUGCUGGUGUCAAUCCAAUCAACGCAGGAGUCACUGUUGAGGGCUUCGCAGAUGAUGUAUUCGAUGAUGCGAUGCGAGAGUAUGAAUUCGAGACUCAGGCAGCACGAGGGGAGGAUAGUGAAAGGGUAGAUGUCGGUGAUGAUUGACACUGUAGGAGGCCGCUGGAUUUUCUCAAGUGUAUGCAUGCUUGUGCG